ACGAGGUGACAGAAGACUGAUGAGAAGGGAGAGAUUUCACACUGGCUAGGAACACAGAGAAAUUAGAGAUAAAAUAUUAAAGAGGUUGUUUCAUUUUUGCUAGAGAGGUAACAGAUAUCACACCAGUGGAGGAAUUCUAGUUCUUGUGUAUAAUAUCUCUUAAGUCAGGCCUUUAUUUCUGCUAACUUCACAGGUGAACAGUGAUGCAGAAGAUGCGUCUGUCUUUACUAUCUGGCUUCUGCCUCUGCCUGGUUUUCCUUUGCAGUGCAGAAGAAGGUCUCGAGUUCCCCAACUUCGAUGGGAAAGACAGGGUGCUGGAUAUGAAUGAGCGCAAUUACAAGAAGGCUCUGAAGAGAUACGACUUACUGUGUUUGUUCUACCAUGAACCUCUGCCGGCCAACAAGGGUCUGCAAAAGCGGUUCCAGAUGACAGAGCUGGUGCUGGAGCUCACAGCUCAGGUCCUGGAGAACAAAGACAUCGGCUUUGGAAUGGUGGACUCCCAGCGGGACGCCAAAGUGGCCAAAAAACUGGGUCUUGAGGAAGUGGGCAGCUUGUACGUUUUCAAGGACGACCGCGUGAUUGAAUUUGACGGGGAGCUGUCAGCGGACACUCUGGUGGAGUUUCUGUUGGACGUGCUGGAGGACCCAGUGGAAAUGAUCAAUAACGCUAUGGAGCUGCGGGCCUUUGAGAGAAUGGAGGAGGACAUUCGCCUCAUUGGUUACUUCAAGGGACAAGACUCACAUUACAAAGCCCUUCAAGAGGCCUCGGAGCGUUUCCAACCUUACAUCAAGUUCUUUGCCACCUUUGAUAAGUCUGUGGCCAAACAUCUCUCCCUGAAGAUGAAUGAGGUGAAUUUCUAUGAGCCUUUCAUGGAGGAGCCGGUCAUCCUGCCUGGAAGACCUCUGUCCGAGAUGGACAUUGUUGAGUUCGUCAACCAACACAGAAGGGCCACUUUGAGGAAGCUGCGGGCAGAAAACAUGUUUGAGACAUGGGAGGACGACAUGGACGGAAUACACAUUGUUGCCUUUGCAGAGGAGGAAGAUCCGGACGGCUACGAGUUCCUGGAGAUCCUGAAAGACGUGGCCAGAGACAACACCAACAACCCAGAGCUGAGCAUCGUCUGGAUCGAUCCUGAUGACUUCCCAUUAUUGACCACCUACUGGGAGAAAACCUUCAAGCUGGACCUGUUCCGGCCUCAGAUCGGAGUGGUCAACGUCACAGACGCAGACAGCGUGUGGCUGGACAUGUCCAACGACGAGGACCUGCCCACGUCCGAGGAGCUGGAGGACUGGAUCGAGGACGUGCUGUCGGGGAGGGUGAACACGGAGGACGACGACGCGCCGGCCAACGCUCAGGAAGAGCCAGAUGACUACUUCAGAGAGGACACCGAUGAAGGGCGUGACCCAGAUGAGGAUGAUGAUGAUGAUAGUAGGGACUAAACGUCACAUAAGUAAAGUGGUUUCAUUUUAAAAUCAAAUUAAAAAAAACUUACACAUGAACAUGUCACCAACUGCAAUGUUGGUCCUGUGAGUCAAGUCACAAUUAGAUUGUGGCACUAAAUAAACUAUAGUAUCUUAAGUAUUAAUACAAAUAGUUCUGUAUAUUAAUUCGUGUGAAAGUGCUUUUUUUGAAAAUUGUAUGAAAACAUGACGUAAUAAAACAAUAUAAAGAAUAA